AUUACAAACGAAAAAAAGGGAGUAAAGGGAUUUGCCACCGGUUCUAACCAAAACCGGUGCGAAAUGUUAAAAAAAACCGGUUUAAGUCUUUCUUUCUUCUUCUUUCUUUUUCCCCCUGCUUUCCCUCUUCGUUCUGCUCUUCUCUCUCCCUCCCAUUUACGCGUCUCCUGCUCUUCCUCCCAGCUUUCCCUCCCCGUUUUCGCAUCUUCCUCUCGUUUUCGCAUCUCCUUCUGCACUCCAUUGAAGCAGCUCGCUCUCUCUCCAUUGAAUUUGUUUACGCGCUUUCUCACUCCAUUGAAGCAGCACCUCCAUUGAACCAGCUCUGGCCUCCAUUGAACUCACUUCGAGAUAAGAUUUUUCUUGUGGUUGUGCGAAUUCAUUGAUUAUCUUUUGGCAAUCUAGGGUUUGUCGUUGAUUUUCUGUUCAAUUUAGUAAUUUUAGGGUUGUGGUAAUAUAGGGUUUGUCAUUGAAGCGCGCACGGCUACACCUCCACUCUAACGGCCUCCUUGUCACGGCUACACCUCCACCGAUUCUGAGCUUUCUCACCUCCAUUGAACCAGCUUCGAGAUGCUAGAUUAUAAUGUUCCAGGAGGGAAGCUAAAUCGCGGGCUUUCUGUUAUUGACAGCUACAAACUGUUAAAGGAAGGAGAAGAGCUGACUGAUGAUGAAGUCUUUCUUGCUUCUGCCCUGAGGUGGUGCAUUGAAUGGCUUGAAGCAUAUUUUCUCGUUCUUGAUGACAUCAUGGAUAACUCUCAUACAAGGCGUGGUAAACCUUGCUGGUUCAGAGUUCCUAAGGUUGGGAUGAUUGCUGUCAAUGAUGGAAUAAUACUUCGAAACCAAAUCCCAAGAAUUCUCAGGAAGCAUUUUAAGGACAAGAAGUACUAUGUUGACUUGUUGGAUCUGUUUAAUGAGCACAAAUUUAGGACAGAACAUAUCUGUAGUCUGGAGGCUCUAGCACUCUGCAGGUUGAGAACUUUUCUCUUCUGCAACUGCCAGUGCAUCUUCAAGCGGCUUGAUAGCUGACUGAGCUUCUGAGACAUUGGUAGUCAAAGUUUCAAUUUCAAGCAGUGCAUUCUCCAACUGUUGCUGCGCCUGUUCUUUCAUCACAUCACAGUCGCUUAAGUACCCAUCAUGCCAUCUUAAGUAUCAGCAGAUAAGGCUUGGAAGAAUGGAGGGCAGCAGCAAUUCUACCAGCGCCGUACUAACCAGCCUAACCAGGCAGCUUAUGGGUUUACAAGAUCAUGGAACGACUUUGAUAAAGGAACUACUGCUCCAAACACCAGUUAUGGUUAGAAGUUCGAAGCCACUGACAACAAAAGCUAUGGCAUGAAAAGUGGUUCGUCCUGCUUUAAAUGUGGCCAGGAAGGGCACUGGGCAAAAUAUUGCCCAACUACUACAUCCAACGUAGCUGCUGGUGCGAUAGAAAACCAGAAGUUCGAAGCCACUGACAACAGAAGCUAUGGCAUGAAAAGUGGUUCAUCCUGCUUCAAAUGCGGCCUGGAAGGGCACUGGGCAAAAGAUUGCCCUACAAUUACAUCAAAUGUAGCUGCUGGUGCGAUAGGAAACCAAUCAACUGACUCCUGGUUUGCAAGAGAAGCUGCCACCAACUGACUCGAGGCUUAGGCCAGAUUAGAGACACUUGGAAAAUGGUGAAUAUGAGCUGGCAAAUACAGAGAAACUUAGACUUGAACAGUUGCAAAGACAGGUAUGUGUUUGGCUGAGUAAAGCUCAUUAACAACUCCUCAAACUGGCAAAUGCAGACAAACUCAAACUUGAACAAUUCCUCAGAUAAUUGUAUCGCCAUUUUUUAUUUUAGUUUUUUUAAGUGUAAUAUUACAAUUUAUUGAAGAAAA